GGCAGAGCGCGUCUCGCGGAAACACAGGUCCUGGAGGAUGAUCACGAGGCGCCCGCGUGUGUACGUGUGUUUAUAUACAGCUUAUAGAUAAUUGUCGGAUGUGGACGUGUCUGUGAUUGGAGACGCGUGGACAUGUCCCGACAUCUACGCUGGAAUAUAAAUCGGAUUAAUCAAUAGAAAUCAAGAAUUCAAGUUAGGCACGUGCGCAGUGAUCAGAUCCAUUGAUCACACUCCAUUACCUUAUUAAGCUCUUUAUUAUUAGUAGUAUUAUUAGUGUUUAUAAAUCCAUCAUGGAGGUGGAGAGAGACUUCAUUCACACUCCUCCACCCAAAACUGUGCGCUUUGGGGACAAUGUUGUCAACACUUUGGCCAAACUCGAGCAGGGAGACACAAGUGACUAUGAGAUGAUAAAGCACCAACUUUUAGACCCUGAUAUUAAGGACGCUCAGAUCAUCAGCUGGCUGCAGGAGUUCAGGGCGUGUGUCACGCAACUCGGCAAAGAGCACGAACAGCUGAUCUACCCACUUUUGAGGUUGCCGUGGCUCGGGCGGAGUCCCGCCGUGGUGGACGAAUACCUGGCGUUCCUCGGUAACCUGAUCUCGGCUCAGACCGUGUAUCUGCGGCCGUGUCUCAAAUCGCUCGUCUCCAAUUUCACACCCAGAAGAGUCAAAAUCCGUGAAGGGAACGUGGACAUAUCGGAUUCGGAUGACGACGACGAGAACCUUCCUAGGAUAUUCGAUCACUGUCAUCGAGCCUUGCAGAUGAUCGCAAGAUACGUUCCAUCCACCAGUCACUUCCUGAUGCCGAUCCUCAUCAGCAAUUUCCCGUUCGUACAGAAAUCUUCCAGAACACUGGAAUGUUAUGUUCACAACCUGCUGCGGAUCACCGUCUACGUUCCAUCUCUGAGACGGGACGUGCUGGAGCUCAUCGUCGGCAAGAUGCUCGCUCUGGAUGUGAGCGCCCCCCGCAGUGAGAUCGAGGAGAUGGAGAGUUUGAGAGAGCAGAACGCAGUGGCACAGGAGGACUUUCUGUUCAACAUGGAUGAGGACGAGGUUCCUCCAGGUGCCGACGGUGCGGUGAUGUUUCACUCUGGCGAGAGACUGGAUACGUUGAUGUCGGUGCUGCUGACCUUUAUCAAGGACAUGAGCCAUGUUAACGGAGAGUUGGAUGUGGUGAGAGUCAAAACUCUGUACAGAGAUCUGGUGUGCGUGUUCGAUAAGCUGGUGCUGCCCACUCACGCUUCCUGUCACGUGCAGUUCUUCAUGUUUUACUUGUGCAGCUUCCGCCUGGGUUUGUCUGAAGCCUUCCUGGAUCACCUGUGGAAGGUCCUACAGAGCCCAUCUCAGCCCGCUGUUCUUCGCCAGACCGCCACCGCUUACAUGGGAAGCUUCCUCGCCAGAGCCAAGUUCAUUCCCAUAGCGACUGUGAGGGCAUGUCUGGACCUGCUGGUUCCUUGGCUUCAUCUCUACAUCGACAGCCAAGACUCCGGUUCUAAAGCGUUUUGUGACAUUUCCCUGCACGGGCCGUUUUACGCCUCCUGCCAGGCCGUGUUUUACACACUCAUCUUCAGACACCGAGCCAUCCUGGGGGAAAACAUGAAGAAAGGCUUGGCCUAUUUACAGAGUCUGAACCUGGAGCGGAUUGUGAUGAGUCAGCUGAACCCACUAAAAGUGUGUUUGCCGGCUGUCACCAACAUGUUCGCCUCCAUCAUGAGGAAAUAUCAGCUGGUGUUCUGCUACACAAUCAUCGAGCGAAACAACCGCUGCAUGUUGCCUGUAGUGAGGAGCUCAAUGGGAGGAGACUCUCUUUCCACCAACACCAAUCCUCUGGAUACGUUUUUCCCUUUCGACCCGUACCUGCUGAAGAGAUCCGGACAUUAUUUCGAAUCCAUCUAUCAGGUGUGGGAAGAACCGAGCGACUGCAUGGCAGCUCAGAAGAAACACGUCACAAAUAAUCCUACAGAAGAAGAGGACGACUUCCUGCACGGUGAAACUCCUAAAGCCGACACGGUGAUGGGGUCGUACGAGUCGCACCGCCACAGCCCCAGCAGCGUUGGCUCUCCUCCCAUCGCCUUCCUCCAGCGGCCGUUCUGAUACACUUCUAAAUCAGAAAUCUGAGAUGUUCUUCUUUCUUCAGACCACCAGGAAGAGACUGUUCUUUCACAUUCUCAUUCAGGUUACACACAACUUCGCAAAACAUGUUUCAAGAGGACUUGGGAGAAGUUUCUGUACAUUUAUAUAACUUAUUAUAGAAGUUUAAACAAGGACAUGACAGGAAUCAAGACGAAUGAAAUGAUAUUUGUCAUAAUGACUGUGGCAUCAUGGUAGCUAGCUGGUGCUAAUCCGAUGCUAAAAACUGACCUAGCUCUAAUGAACUAGCCUGACAGGAUUUCUAAACGGACUUUUUCAUUCACGUUAAUAAAUGUUCAUAAUAAUCAAGAAUACCGGUAGCAUGAUGGCUAACUAAAGAAGUCAAACAAGUCAAAUGUUAGCAGUCGAUCGAUAGCGUUAAACCGUAGGAACAAUCCUCGUUUCUUCACUCGGUCAUGUUCGCUAUCUUGAAAUGGUUUUUUAUAAAUGUUUGUAACAUUUUGUAAACAGUCUGCCAUGGUUUAAAAGCUAAUGUUAUUGGCUAACACGACUUAAUCUGACAGGAUUGUGAAGAGAAUCGUUUCAAAUUCUCACGUUUUCAUAAUCUUCAUGGCUACCAAAAGCCAGCUGGCUAACGUGAUUAAAACCUGACAGGAUUUCUCAACAUGUUAGGGCCGCUAGUUUUGAACUGUCUGACUAGCAUUUCUGUACGAAUUUUUCAGCAAAUUUAAGAAAUGUUUGUAAAAUUCAUUGUUUGCUAUGUUUGAUGUUCAUAAUUUUGCUAAUUAGACGAAUAAGUAUUUGGGCUGAUCAUGAUUUCUGACAGGAUUUUAAGGUUAUUUGUCAACGUUAAUAAUCCUCACUAGUGCUGUUAGCUAAUAUGGAUGGUCACGUAGACACGAUUUGGCGCUUCUGCGUCUGUAUCUUUGCUUCAUCUUUUCUUUUUUUUUUUAUCUUGGCAAAACAGAGAUAUACAAUCUUAUCUAAAGCACAUAGUGGUGCAAACCUGAAUCUUGUUCAUACGAGGUCAUCCUUGUAAAAUAAUUUUCGUUAUUUAUUACAGUAUAAAUAGGAUUUUUUUUUUUUUUUUUAAGGCGACUGUUUCUAGAAAAAGUCAUGAUCCGAUUCAAGUAGCAUUAAUAUGAAGAGGGGUUUCUUUUGUUUACUGUGUUAAAAUGGCUGUGCUACUUUCAUUUAGUUAAAUAAAAAAAAAGAUUGGGCUACUUGUUAUAUUAAAACCCUGAUCAUUGACUUUGUGGGCUUUAUUUUUUUUUUUUUUAGGUUUUCAGGUAUUUAAAGGGAUACAGGAAACUGUAAAGGUGCUCAGUGGAGUAACAAUAAAAAGACAAAACAGAAUUA